AAAUUUAAGAACUGAUGAUAUACUCCAAUACUCCAUUGGUAAAAUUUCACUUGUAAAUGCCAGGCACAUACACUAUAAAGAGCUCGAACCACUCCAUUUAACUCCAAUGCCUAGCCAGCUGCAUAUCAUCAGCUCAUCUGUGUUUAUUUUUCAGUCCAUUGCUUUCGAUCUUAGCUUGCUUUUGAUUUACUUGUCCUAAUUUUUUUUCAUCGACGUACUUGGUUUUGUUUCCUUGAUGGCUUUGAACAAAGGUUAGUUGAUUAUGGAAUCGAACCCUAAAGUCUGCAUGGAAAUAAUGAACAAUACCUCGGUAUAUUUUGUUGAGGCGCUAUCCAGUCUGAGUACCGCACAAAUGAUUCACUUGAAGAAAUAAUUGUACAAACAGAACACGAAAGGCCAUCAUAUAAGCCAAAGUCACAACAAACGCCAAAUCAUGCAAAGGGGUAAGCUAUUGAGUUCAGUGAACCUUCUCUGGGGUCCUCUUCCAAAGUGAGGUGAAUCCAUUAGCAUCUUCAGUCAGUAACAUUUACAGGUUUUACCUCAAGAUGCCAAUCAAGCAACACUCUCCAUUUGAGCACCAAUUUGAGUAGAGAAAUCCUAGCCGCAUGCACUAAAAUAACCUCGGGACUCAUCUUACCUCCUCAGCUUAGGACCAAUCAAGAUGUAACUGUAUCCUGGAUUUGUGAUGUACCAUGGUCAGCAGGGAACUGACUACAAAGGGACUAACUGAGAAAGGUUCUUGUCCACUUGUGUCUGUACAUUUCCCUUGAAGCAUGGCAUAGAAUACUUCCUAGCCAUGAGUUCCAUUACAGCUAAACAUGCUCUAUGUCCUUGUAGCAUAGCAGCUGCAAUCACUUUCUGACUCAUUAUUGCUGGACAUCUUCAAGGAAAGAGCCAAAGGUAAAGUACCAAAAUCGCUCUAUGCACAUUCUUGUUUGCACUUUACAACGCGAAAUUCAGAGGUGCUCUUACAUCCAUCCAAAAAAAGUUUAGCAUAGCUUCCAGGAAAUUCCACAACCAGAACAUACGAGCUGUUACACCACCCGAUCAAGGUUGCCUUAGUGGCAUGGCAAUUGGCAAAUUGCCUUCUAUGUAAACAACACUUUCACUUGCCUACUCUGGUGAGCUGGUCAUGGUUGACGUUAGAAAGAUGACAAUUGGCAAAUGGUGGGACAAAAAUUUACCACGCAUUCAAACUGUUCUUUUUCUAAGCUCGAUCUGCACGCCCGCAUGCAUAGCAUUAAGUUCUGAAAGGUAUCUUUUUUUCCAAAGGAAAAUAUGGAAGGCAUCUCAAACCGCAUUGUCCAUGUCUGCUUGUCCACUAACUUUGACCGGGCUGUAUAUAUACUUCCAUUGCUCACUUGUACUUGUAGUUGCCUGCUGAAUCAAGGCACAUACAUCAAAGAUAUAGAGGCACACUGCCAUCUAUCUAACUCCAAUGCCUGUCCGGCUGCAUACUUUUCUUAGUUCGGCAAGGCAUAUCAGCAAUUCAUCUGUGUUCAUUUUUCAGUUCAUUGCUUUCCAUCUUAGCCCACUUUUGAUUCACUUGUCCUAUUUUGUUGUCAUUGAUGUACUUGGCUUUGCUGCCUUGAUGGCCCUGAAGCCAAGCAACCCUAACUACAGUCCUCGCUAUGUCGAUAUAUUUUUCCUUUCGACAUCUGCAGUCACAGUUACAGGAUUAGCUACCAUCAAAAUGGAGGAUCUUUCUACCUCUCAAGUAGUUAUCCUAACUCUCUUGAUGUUGUUAGGAAGUGAGAUGUUUGUUUCCCUGCUUGGCCAUAUUCAUGAGUUGAGCAAGCAAAACAAGCAUGACCCUGAAGAUAGUAGAGUUACAUCGGUUACCGUGCAAGAUGAGUCGCAGAUAGAAGAGGCAAUCCCGGCAACACCAUCAAUUAAUACCACUAGCCUCAAGAAGAGUUGCCGCAAAUACAUAGGAUUUGUGCUGUUGGCAUACAUGGUCUUGAUUCUUCUUGUAGGUUCUCUAUUGGUGUUCUUGUACGUAGCACAUGUUUCAACUGCAAGAGAUGUGCUAACAAGGAAAAGUAUCAAUACCAUGCUCUUCUCGAUAUCAGUCACCGUCUCUUCUUUCACCAACGGAGGGCUAAUUCCGACGAACGAGAGCAUGGCGGUUUUUUCCUCAAACCAGGGCCUCCUCCUGCUACUCACUGGCCAGAUUCUUGCAGGCAACACCCUGCUUCCUGUGUUUCUGAGGCUGAUGAUAUGGGCACUGAGAGGACUAAGAAUAACCAGAGCUAAACCUGAAGAGUUGGAGUUCAUGAUGAACAACACAAAGGCCUUGGGUUCUAACCACUUGCUGCCUAACAAGCAGACAGUAUUCCUUGCAGCAUCGGUCGCUGCUCUCAUAGCCGUGCCCGUCACGUUUUUCUGCUGCUUGAACUGGGAAUCCGCAGUGUUUGCGGGGCUGACCCCCAAUCAGAAGAUCACCAACGCAUUGUUCAUGGCGGUGAACACAAGGCAGGCAGGGGAGAAUUCCAUUGACUGCUCCCUCGUCGCUCCUGCGGUUUUAAUACUAUUCAUCGCCAUGAUGUGCAUCCCGGCCUCGACAUCAUUUCUCUCACUGCAUGAAGGUGCCGAGAGGGGCAUCACAGAACACAAGGAUGGGGCAAACAAGAGAAGAAUGUCGCUGAAUAAAAUGCUGUUUUCACCACUAGCCUGCACCGCAGUGCUGAUAAUGCUGGCCUGCAUCACCGAGAGGAGAUCGCUCUCCGCCGACCCCCUCAAUUUCUCCACAUUCAACAUGAUCUUCGAGGUCAUAAGCGCGUACAGGAACGUAGGACUGUCCACCGGUUACAGCUGCGCGAGGCUGCCGCACGCGGAGAAGCAGAGCGUCUGCCAGGACAUGCCCUACAGCUUCUCCGGGUGGUGGAGCGACCAGGGGAAGGUGGUUCUUGUCCUGGUGAUGCUCUGCGGGAGGCUCAAAUGCUUCCACAGGCAGAGGAGCUAGUCCGUUGCGCCAACGCCAUCGGAUUGCCCGGCCAUUUUUCCUCGUUGUGCUCUUCAAUCCUGGUGUAAAUUCGCAAGAAAUUGGUCCUGAAUAAUGCUUCUGUAUGUGCAAUUAUGUA